AAGCAGACACAGCGGCGGCGGUGGCGGUGGAUGUGGAUGUGAGAGGGGCGUUCUAUGAGAAGGCAGUGGAAGCCUUCCUUCGCUCUGACAGACAGGCAUUAGAGGGGGUUGCACAAGGAUCCACCAGACACUGGCAGAACCAUGGCCACUGAAACCAUAUCUGCAUGCACUGGAUCAAGUCUACUGCAGCCCAUAAGCGAGAUUAUCGACCUUCCGUUAGACCAGGUGAACUUUGUGGUGUGUCAGCUGUUUGCGCUACUCACAGCCUUCUGGUUUCGCCUCUACCUGCACCCCAGUAAGACCAGCCCCUUCAUCCGGCAUGUGGUGGCCACUUUGCUGGGACUCUACUUCGCUCUCUUCUGCUUCGGCUGGUAUGCCUUGCACUUCCUUGUUCAGAGUGGGAUCACCUAUGGAAUCAUGAUCCUCGCUGGAGUGGAGCACAUACACAAGUACUGCCUGGUGGUUGCCCUGGGCUACCUCAGUUUCUGCCAGAUCACACGUGUCUAUGUCUUUGAUUAUGGGAUGUACUCGGCUGAUUUCACAGGGCCUAUGAUGGUCAUUACACAGAAGAUCACAAGUCUGGCAUUUGAAAUCCAUGAUGGGAUGGCACGCAAAGAGGAGCAGCUCACCCCGAAUCAGAAGGUGCUGGCUAUCAGGAGAAUGCCCAGCCUGCUGGAGUACUUCAGCUACAGCUGUAACUUCAUGGGGAUCCUGGCCGGUCCCACUUGCUCUUACAAUGACUACAUCGCCUUCAUCGAGGGUGUGCCCUGCCGACACCGCCCACUGGAGUCCAGCCGCCAGACCAACCACGAGAAGGGCAGGCCGACCGAGCCCUCACCAAACAUGGUGGUGGCCCGUAAACUGGCCACGAGCUUCCUCUCGCUGCUGGUGUUUCUGUCUGUGUGUAAAGUCUGCCCUGUGGAACGCAACAUCGAUGACCACUUUAUCGCCAGCACGCCCUUCUACGCGCAGGUGGUCUACCUCUACCUGUCCAUGCUGACCACCCGGCCCAAGUACUACUUUGUGUGGACUCUGGCUGAUGCCAUCAACAACGCUGCCGGCUUUGGCUUCAACGGCUACGACAGUGACGGCUCAGCUCGCUGGGACCUCAUUUCCAACCUGAGGAUACUCAACAUCGAGCUUGCCACAAGUUUCAAAAUGUUCUUGGACAACUGGAACAUCCAGACAGCACACUGGCUUAAAAGGGUGUGUUAUGAGCGCUGUCCCUACAAUCCCACUGCUGCCACUUUCCUGCUGUCGGCCAUGUGGCACGGAGCCUACCCAGGAUACUACCUCACCUUUCUUACCGGCAUUGUGGUCACACUCGCAGCCCGGGCAGUAAGGCAUAACAUACGGCCUCACUUCCUGCAUUCACCGUCUCACAAGCUGGUGUAUGACAUCAUCACGUGGGCGGGGACUCAGAUUGCCAUCUGCUACACCGUGGUGCCCUUCGUUCUGCUGUCAGUGGGGCCCUCCCUCAAGUUCUACAGGUCCUGGUACUUCUCUGUCCACAUUGCCUGUGUACUAAUAGCGCUGGCCCUGCCGGUAAAACCUCGACACCUGCGCAUGAAGGAGCAACAGCGUGCAGGUGGGCAGGCGUCGCCUCAGCAGUAUGGCAUCAGCAGCAGCCAGGAUAAUCAUCAGUAUCACCACCACCACCACCACCACAAUAAUCACCAUCAGCAACACCAGCACCCCCCACAGGCCACAGACAGCAACUGCAUCCAGAAAGACAAAACGUCAUGAAGAUGAUUUGGGGGAAAGCUCAUAGACUAUUUCCCUCAUACGUCCCUUGUACUGUUCUCUCUGUGAAAGAGAGGUGGGGGGAUGGACAAAAAGAGUGUGUGAUAGAGAGAGAGAGAGAGAGAGAGAGAGAGAGAGAGAGAGAGAGAGAGAGAGACUUUGGACCACUGGACUGAUGCACAAACUCACACACAGCAAAAUAAACACUUGUUUGGACAA